ACUAAAGCUAUCGGAACAUAUAUCGAUAACCUUUAUGCUCAAAUUAUUGAAAGUUCCUCUUCUAUAAUUGUUGAUGAAGAGAAAAAAACUGCUAUGCCAGCAAUAACUUCAACAGCUGUUAUUGGAUCAAAAACAUACACAACGGGCUUGGUGAGGCUUAUUGAAGGUUCCGUUGUUAAAGACGACUCUACUACUUUUUACGAAUCGAGGGUUAUUGGUACCUUGAUUGAUGGUCGCUAUGCUCAGAUCAUAGAGAGCACCUCUAGUUUUAAGUCUAAUGUCCAACCAACAUCAAUUCCAAACAUAAUGGCCACCCCGACUCCAAACGAAGACAUUUCACCGACAAUACAUUCUCCAUUACCUUCCUCGUCUGUAAUUGAGAGCUCACAAAAUGUGGAAGAGGAUAGUGAGGAAACUACUGAAGAUAACAAACAAAAGUCGCGAUUGAAUUUCGCAAGUAAAACAAAAGCUUCCAAAGCAAGCAUUCGACCUUUUGCCUCGCGACCUCGUCCAACUUUUCAUCCGAAAAGAAAAGACCCAGCCACCACUAUUACACGAACCUCAUUUACACCUACUGUUACAGCAACACCAGCUUUAAAAACCAAAGGCUUCGGCUCAAGCCGAAGAUUUGCCUCAAACAGAUCUAAAUCGAAUAACUUGAGCAGCUCUCAAGAUAUCCGACCAACAGCAUCCAGCUCAAGAAGGUUUGGAGGUUCAAGAACAAGAGGUGGGCCUAGCUCUGGAGGGUAUUCAGCUUCUAAAGGUAGGUUUUCAUCCAAUCCAAAACCUUCUGUAUCACCACUUCCAUCUCGGCGGCCAAGUUUUAACUACAGAACAACAGGAGGAGUAGUUCGGCCAUCGAUCGGGGCAAGUAGUGGAAGAUUUGGAAGGAUAAGACCUACUGCAUCGUCAAAUGCAUUUAGACCCACUUCCACGGCAGUAGAAGAAAUAAAUAAUGAUAUAGGUGGACCUCAAGGAGCAACAGAGGAACCAGAUAAUAUUACUCCUUUAGAUGAAGAAACUCCUACAACUUCUGCACCUACAACCACUGAAUCUCCAAGAAGAGCAAAUAAUCCUCUUCUUAGAUUCAGGCGACCACCUAUAUUACAGCGCGCGCCAACGUCAGCUACUACUACCAAGCCAACAACUACUACAAAAAGAAGUAAUCUUUUAAGACGACCUGAUACUCGAGCAGUUGGUGUAACUACAUCUCGACCAAGGCCAACCCCUAAUUUUAACAAAGCAAGGCCACGGCCAGCUAACAGUCUUUUCCUACCGAGAGGUCUUCAGCGAAAGCCUGCAAUUAAUGAAGAAGAAGAAGAAGAAGAAAGAGAAGAGGAAGAGGAUGUCGAGGAUGAACAACCUGAAGAAGAUAUCGAAGAUAAUGAAUAUGAAGGAUCAGAAACUGCUGAGCAACAAUCAUCGACCACUACUGUUCUACCAAAGACAGCAGGUCGGAGGGGUAAAGGUUUAAGCUUUCUUCCAAUCAGACCAUUUUCAAGACGACCAAGAACAAAACGACAAAUCGAGUAUGGUACAAGAUCGUAUAAGUCGAAAUUCAGAAGACCUUCUGCCCGCAAAUCCACUAUCGAUUAUGAAGAUGAAUAUGAAAUAACUCCUGAACCGCCUCGGCAAACUACCUCUGGCAGGUACCACAGAACUAGAAAUAAUAAAACAAAACCAAAACCUACUGCAACGAAACAACCUCAGCAGCGGGAGCGAGUUCGCCCUUCCCCUGUCAGCAGUUCAGCAAGGCAUCAGUUUACGUUACGGGAGAGAAGUCAGACCACUCCUGGAACUCAAAGGCCCACUUUUCGAAGAAAUACAAAUUCCCCCAGAAGGAGAACAGAGGCAACUACAGUCGGAAGACCCAAAGCUCCGAAAUUAAGAACGCAGACGACCGAGGCAAGUCCACGCACAACCAGCAGACGAUUCAGUAGUAGUUCCAGGCGAACCACGUCGAGGUCUAGGUUUAGAGAUAACGAUUUCGAUGCUUACAGUCCACCUCCAUUCGAUGGAACAAUUACUGUGACCCACAAAAUUCCGUCCGAAACAACUAUUCCAGUUGUCAAUAAUGGAAAAACAGAAUAUAAAAACGUUAUAACUGCUAAACCUAGCUUUGAAGUGUUAGGUCCUUAUGAAUAUACGACAACGACUAAAGAUGGAAAGCCAAUAAUUCAGUUAACAAACGAACUCACUUCGACUCUUGCAAAUGGUUUGAUGGAAGUAACUAAAUAUUUUGUGCUUGAAACACCUACAACAAGCGUUACUUUUACUCCAACCACACUAAGGGGUCGCAAAACAUCCUUUUCCCACAUCGUCCCUAGUACAGUUUAUGAAGUUAAAACUGAAGUGAGCACAGUCACACCGAGUUUGCCAAACGCUCCUUUGGCCAAUAUACUUCUUUCCCAACUUUUAUUAGGAAAUUUGGGCAUUCCUAACAGUCAGCAAGUCCCUCAAUCGCCAACUACCGAAUUUAAAACAAAAACUACCACGUAUGUCACUACAGUUACUUCGCAUACUUCUACCAUUUUGCCAUUAACAUUUAGGGGGAAAGAAAUAACGACAACUAUCGUUGACAGUUCUGUACAAGUCAUCACUGCAACUGAAUAUUUGACUGAAACUAUCGUAAUUACCCCAACAGCGGUAGCGCCUAUAAAUAACCAGUUGAACACAUUACUGUUGCCAGCACUUCUCCAAGCUCAGCUGUUAGGGCAAGCACAACCAGCUAUAAACCCACAGCCUCAACAACAAUUUUUUGGAAGAGAUCCAUUGAAUAAUAACGAUAAGUUGAUUGAAGAUGAUCCUGAACUACAGUUUCCUUCAAGAGAUGAUCCGGAUGUUGAAGAGGAACGAAAAAUAAGAGAAUAUCCUGACGAUUUACCCCAAAUUGAAAACAGAAGAAGAAAGAAAGGAAAGGUGAAAAUAAAAGAGCAUAUUCCUCCUGAUAGAGUAAAACCAACCAGCGUGGUAACUGUUUAUGUAUCUGGGAAACACCCAGGCGAGUUCACUACUCUUUUAUCUACAGUUUUAGUAGAUGAGGAAACUUCAAAUUUAAGAAAACGAGAAAUUAGAAUUAGUGAUCAGAAAGAUGAUGAUUAUCUGAUAACAGUAUCACGUUUGCCACAACUAAAAGCUUCAGAAGAGAUAAUUAAUAAUUCUGCGCCCUAUUCUAGUCAAACGAUGAUAGAAAGCAGUGAAAUUGAAAUGCAGAGUUUGGAUAGUGCUCAUCAAAAACAUAUGAAAUUGUUCACCGUAAACGCUGAAAAUACCGAAGACUUUUCUACCGGUCAUUUUUUAUUGCAAGGGCCCGCUGAUUCUGCUCCAGAACAGCGGACGGCCCUAAACAGGAGCAAUUCACUUAGAAUUAAGAGAGAAACAGAAGAUCAACCAAUUAGAAAAAGAAUUAAAAUUAGAGUUCCUAUUAAAAGAUAUAGAAAUGAAAAGGGAGAAGAGCCUUCAGAAUCUAUGAAUAAUGAAGAUUAUGUUCAGAAACCUGAUAGGGGUAAUUUUACUGAUGGAAUAAAAAAUCGUAGAAGAGUAAAAGUUAUUAAGAAAAAAAUAGAAUCUCCAUUGGAAUCAACAACCUCAAAAAACUACAGAAAAAGAAUUGUAAUAACUAAAACAAGAUCAUAUGAUCAACCUACCAUUUCUUCUUUCCAAGCUACAGAUAUACAACAUGAAGGUCUAUAUUCAAGCCCAAAAAGAAAAAGGGUACUUAUUACCAAGAAAAAAAUUCAACCAACUGAAAUAACCCCACCAAGAAAAAGGAUCAAAAUCACAAGGAGAAGACCUAUUAAUUCCGUUAUAUUACCAUCAACUAUAGAUUCUAUUGAUAUAAAUGAUUCACCCUCAGAAGCAACCAUGUCAACACUUUACAAUUAUAAUUACUCGAUUCCAUCAGAUUCAAGUAAUGGUGAAGUGACAGUGUCUGAGGUUUUUAUGAAUGGCCCAGAAAUACCUGACAUAAUACUUCUUAAUGAAGAAGACUUUUUUGGCAUUGAUCAAGAUAAUGAAGAUGAACAAAUCACUGAGAAUCCACUAGACACUGAUUCUGAUGGGGGGAAGACUGAAGAAGAUUAUCUUGACAAUGAACAAAAUAAUGAAGAAGAGCAAGUCACAGAUACUCCUAUAAGUGGGAAGGAGAUAGAAGGAGAUUUUCCUGUGAUAGACCAGAAUAGUGCUAUAGAAGAAAAAGAAGAAGACCAAAAGAGUGCUAUAGAAGAAAAAGAAGAAGACCAGAAUAGUUCUAUAGAAGAAAAAGAAGAAGACCAGAACAGCGCUAUAGAAGAAAAAGAAGAAGACCAUAAUAACGAACAAGAGCAUUUCACAGCAAAUCCUCUGGAUAUUCCUGAGAGUGGGGAGGACAUUGAAGAGCACAAAGACAAACUUCCUGAAACUACUCAUUCUGAUGAAACUCCAUUCACUACUGAACAAUAUAAUGAUGAUUUAUAUUAUGAAAAUUAUGAUGAAUAUCCAACAGAGGACCCUGAAGUCAUAAACCCAAUAAAUAAAACUAGUGAAACAGAAAUAGUUACAGAACCCCAUACAUCGCUUCAAGAUUCAAAGCAAUCAGAAGAAAAUAUAUCAGAAAAUUCUAAACCAAUUACCACCACUGAUUCGAGUUCUGAAGAAUAUACCACUGAAAAACUACCUCUCCCCAAGGAUAACCCAACUCAUUCAACAUCUGAGAAAACUGAUAUCAGCCCAACAUCAAUAGCUAGCGAACAAGAAGAAGAGGAAACUCCUAUUUUAUAUGAGUAUGUAACAAAACUAGUCACCACUACUAGGUUGCGCACCUACACUUACGUUGUAACAAGAGUUAGCGGGAAUGAGCAAAUUGUGACAUCUUCUACAACUGUCAAGCCAGAUAUCAAAACCAUAUCAGUGACAGAAUUAGCACCUAUUACCACUACCACUCCAGCCGGAAUGGAUGAAGGAAGAGCAUAUUUGGGAGAACAUCCUAGGUUCAAUCUAGCCACAAAAAAAAUGUCAAAUGGCGUUGAAGUGAUAGUUGCUGGUAACAAAGCCACCCUACCAGGACAUUCCAAUCUGCGCAUCGUGCCAACUGGAUCAAUGAAGCCUAUAACUUUAGCACCAAGCACACUUUCUGAUCACAUGAUGAUGCUUCUACCUCAGGAAUCACAAAAGCCUCAUAAUGAAUUUGUAACAAAAACAUACAUGACAACAUACACCUACCUGACUACUUUUGCACAAGAAGGUUCAACAGUUGUUUCAAGCAGAGAAAAAGUGGUGUCGAAUAUCGUCACUGAGGAGAUCAAGCCUUCAAAAACAAAACUUAAGGAUCAUUUUACAUUAACUGCCAGCCCAGAUCUCACAACUGGUGUUUAUCAUACAACGUACACUUACCUCAAUACUCUGGUUGAUGGAGAACUUCCACUUGUUGUGACGUCAAAAAAAACUGUGUCUAAUACUGUGACUGAGCAACCUGGAUUUGUUCAGCCUUCAGAGGUAUCUUUACAAGACACAAAUACAUAUUUGAGUACGGUAGCUUAUACAAAAACACUCAAUGAGGGUAACUCAAUGAAGAUUGUAAGCACAGAAGAUGUUCUUACUCAGGUUGUAAUAACUGAGUCAGAUUUUCUUCCAUCAGCUGUCCAAUCAAAAGCUAUAGAACCUACACCAAUAACAACUGAUAUUGUUAAAACAUAUUAUGCUACUUAUACAUAUUACAAUACAAAAGUUGAAGAUGGACAAACUAUUGUAAAUACUGAAGUUGUAACAUCUUCUGAUGUUGCUACAGAGACUUUUACGAUUCAGCCAAAAAGAAAACCAGUUGAUAUAGCACCUUCAAGAGCACCAGAAAGAAUCAAGCCUACUUUGGAAAAUACUGCUUCACCUACCCCACCACUAAAUUUAUUUGCUACUAAAACUUAUUUGACGACAUUUACUUAUUUCACUACUCUUCUGCAAGAAAAUAAAAUUCCAAGUACUGUUGUAUCUUCCAGCACUAAAGUAGUGCAAAAUGUUGUCACUGAAAGUGUAAAUGCUUCUUUACUCAAUUCUAAUUAUCUUGAUGAGUUGAGAAGUUCAAUAAAUGAUCAUCAACAGCCAAUUGUAGCUACUGCAACAAUGGAUGAUGGAGGAAAGAUGGAGAUCACAGCAAUGGAUGCCAGUAUGGUAAAAGCAACUGACAAAGUAGAUAUGAUUGAUGUUACUUCUCCAAGUAAUAUAAUUACUGGAUCAACAAUUAUAUUUUUCGAUGAAAGUGAUGAAAUAGAUGAUAAUGAAGACAAAUCACCUGAUUCUACUGAAAAGACACAUUAUGAAAUAGCUGAAAAGAUAGAAGAUUCUAUUGUAACUACUGAUGUAUCUUCAAUUGAAUCUGAAGAUACAACGAAUCCUCCAUCAUCCAAAGACGACCCUGUUAGCUCUGCUUCAACCAUGUCAAGUACUGCUAAUCCUGUCAAGGACAUAUUUGGAAAUUUAGGGAUCAAUGGCUUUAAUGCAUUGGGACCGGUUCUCAAUGCAAUGGCAGAUCUUUUCCAGAAUAAAUUUAACUCAGGAAAGAAAAACACAACAAAACUUCACCAAACUUUCAAACCUAUACCCGACGAUAUCCCUAGGCCUGUAUAUGUUCCCGCUUUAGACUCUGAUGUUGCUGAAAGUCAGAAUUUGGAAGGUCAAAAUAUAUUUGUUGAUACUAUGCAGAGAACAAGACAAACUGACAGGACUAAUAUUGAGGCAGCACUACUCUCCGGGGGCAUUCCAAUCAGUCCAGGUCAGGUAAUCACAACUAACAGUGAUGUGAUUAUUGGAAAACCUGCAGUACACGGUCCACGUCCCCCCAUCAACAAACAUUUUGAUAAAGAAGUCGAAGGAAUGAAGCCUCCUCCUUUACCACAAAAAGGGUUAUGGCCACGUCGUGAACAAGACAGAUAUCCUGCACAUCUUAUUCCACAAAGGAAUAAACCAUUAGAAAAAUUCCCGCCGAGAAGAGAACAGUUUCCAGCUAAAGUUCAACCAUCUAUCAGUCAUAAACAGCAUAAUAAAAACAAUUUUAUUGAUCUUAAACAUGAAGGAACAGAAAUAAAAUUUCCUUCUACUCAAGUUCAUUCAAAACCUCUUGAAGCUGCUCUUCAUUCUUCUAAACCAAUUGAUAUAUUUCAAAAACCAAUACCUAAUGGAAAUAAAGUAUCCCCAGAAGGUCAUAGAAACCAAUGGCCAACUCUAAAGGAUAGGCCUAACCUGCCAGCUAUAUACCUUGACGAUACUGCCGACCUUAGGCCUCCUGCUAUCCAAACCCUUUCACCAAAUGAAGCUUAUUUCAAAGAACAGUCUGUAUACUCACCAGUUAAGGUGCCCCAAUAUAAUAACUUUGAUCGACCAAAUAAAACCGUCGAAGAUUCAUCGGUAAUUGGAGAACAGUUAUCUCCUAAGCUACCAUCUGCUGAACCAUUUGCAGACCAGUUAUUCGUGAAUAUACAGCCAUCACAAGUAGCCAAUGUAAUUAUUCCUCAUGGUGUACCAACUGCACUGAUAUACAACCGGGAUCCAGAGAUGCCUAGCCAAAAAGGAGAAAUAAUUAAUGAUCCAUCUCCUUAUCCUGAUGCUGAAGUUGGAAUCGGUGGAGUUGCAGGGUUAAUUCAACCAGAAGAUGAGAAUGUUUUCCAUGGAGCAAUUUUACCUGUAAAUGCAGUUAAAAUGGAUAUUCCGGUUUCCCCACAAGCAAUAUCUCCACAAGUGGACCCUUUUUCAAGAUUUCAUAAAGAAGAAAAGAAGAAUGGUGAACACUACUACAAAAAACCAGUUCAUAAAUCUCAACAGCCAUUUAAUUCAGGAAUCGGACUCGAUUAUAUGACACCACCCCCACCACUUCCUUCUUCUCUUGUAGCAGAAGAUAUUAACUUUCAUAUUGGAGUAAAGGGAGAAUUAAUAGACCAAGAAGGUGAAUAUUCAUUGAAAAAUGAAUAUCAAGCAGAAGAUGGGGAUUUCGAUGUAGACCUCAGCGAAGAUAUGAGAAUAAAACAUGGUCUGUUUUUCAAUAGGACUCAUAAUGAACCUUCAGACUUUGGUGGAAUCAAAGUAUUGCCUCCUCCACAACACUUUUCAAACUACUCUGGAACUUCAGAUGGUGUUAGUUUUUCAGUUAUUAAUUCUAAACCAGUUAUUUUAGGAUCUGAUACAACAGAAACACAGCCUCCUAUAAUCAAAGGUAAGCCAGGGGUUAGUAAAUUUGUCAAUAAUUCUGAAGCAACCGUUUCUGUCGGUCAGAUGACAAAUUUGAAGCCAAACGAUGAGUUAGAUAUUCCUUCGAAUCCAUUAUACAAUGUUCACUCAAGUGCUAUAAUUCGAAAGCCACAAAUAUUAAUGAAACAAAAUAGAACUAACCCUAAACCCUUUGAUAAUACUGUAUAUACUAUGAAUAUUGAUGAAAAACCACCGAUCCAAACAUUUGGGCAUGCUCCAGGUUUACCAUUUGAACUUCCUCCACCAAUUGAAAUGGACCCAGUGAGGCAUACCUCUCGCCCCGUUUUUGAUAGGAAUUCCGAAGUCGCUGGUUUAACUCCACCUGCUAUUAUAAGACCUCAUGACCCCAAAAUUCAUCUUCCCACAUGGCGACCUCCUUCUAGAAAAAGGCCUCCACCUCCUUACAAAUUUGAACUUCCAGUAACUUCAACAGAUAGGACAAAAAAACCAUUACUUCCUGAAACAGAAAUGCCACCUCCACCACCUGUUCCAACUGAGGUAUUAUCUCCACCAAAUCCGAUAGAAACUGGUUAUUUUACUCCACACCAGAAAAAGACUGUUCCCAUGGAAAAAAAUGAAAUUUAUAAGUAUUCAACAACUUCUAGUCCGGAGAGUAUCAAUCCUAUUCUUGGGGGUUCUCUCAAAGUUGAAGAAAUCUCACCAAAACCUGAAGUGAUAACAGCAGACAGCAAGGUAAUAAAUUCUAAUCCCAAGAUACCAUCAGAUGAUAAUAGAAACAAACUUGAUUCUCAAUUAUCAGAAAACAAACUGUCUCCUACUUAUGUGAAGCCAAACACAUUUACAGCUGCUUUCACCAACGAACUUAUUAUAGCAUCUGAAACAGUAGUUGACGAUGACAUUGCACAGAGUUCAACUCAUGCAUUAAAAGUCAUAACAAGACCAACACAAUUAAUUUCUUCUGGCUCAACGACCAUCUUUAAAGAUUACCACGAGAAAUCAAGUGUCUUUCAUAUUAAACCUACAAGAGUAGUACAAAGUCACCGAACUAUUAUACCUAUUCAUAUAAAAACUGAAAAUAGCACCACUGAAGAAGAAACUUCAGUCAAGGAAAAUGAGAAAGAGCCAAUUACUUCUGAAAGUGAAUUAAAAUUGUCUAAUGUUGUUUACAAGCCUCCGGCAAUCUCCCCAUCGCCUACUAUACAUGUUGUCACACACACUCUGACCACAACUGUAACCACAACUGAAUCCAGCAUUAUACACAGUAAGGGACAAAAGCCUUCAACUCACACACUCAUUGUAACUAAAACUUUAAUGUCAACAGUUCUUGAUACUGUCACAGAGGUUCAUACCAUAGUAAAACCGACAAAUAUAUUGUCAACUGUUACAACUACGAUUCCUCAGGCAACAACUACUGUAUAUCCUACCAUUUCGACACAACAACCGAAAACAGAAACUAAGCUUGAGAAAAACAAAAUCCAAUAUAAUGAUGUACAGGAAAUUCAUAAGCAACUUCCUGACAGAACGUUUAUGAAAGAACAAAAAUCUGGCAAUCAUCAGCAGGUUUCCAACAUGAAUGACAAUGAUUCGAUUCUUGUCGUCAUGACAGAUCAAAAUACAAAUCAAAAGCUGAACAAUUUUGGUUCAAACUUAGAACCUGCGCCUGAAAUCGAGGGACCGAAUACGGAAGUGAAUGAAGUUGCUCCUAAUGUUCUGCUUAGUGGGUUCCUUUCCCAAUUUCAUUCCCAAAGUGAAUGUAAACCAGACUGUAAAGCUACCAGGAAUGAAAGGUGUCAAAAAAUAAAUAGUGUUUUGAGGUGUGUAUGCCGUCCUGGCUUCGCUAGAAUGUUCCCUGAUCAGCCAUGUAAACCUACUUAUACUUACAGUAUGACUGUACCAUUGGAGAGAAAUGGAAAGGACAAACUUACAUUUGCACCUUUUCUUCUUGAUAGUAGUUCUAGUGCAUAUCAAAAUUUUGCUGAAGUGACAAGGGAAAGUCUUGAUAGAAUGAUAAUGCAGUCGGAGCUUCGUGAUGUUUAUCAUGGCAUGGCGGUAACUGGCUUCCAAAAAGAUAAUAAAGAAGGAAAUGUACUGGCAAACUUUUAUAUACAACUUUCAGAAAAUUUAGAUGAUGAACGUAUUGCCCAAAUUCUCAGGAAAUAUUUACUUUCAAGUAACUAUAGCGUGGGUGGUACUGAUCUUCAUACUUCUGGUUCAAACAUCAAUCACUUAAAAGCUGAAGACUUUAAUGAAUGUUUGGAUCCAAAAUUUCACGACUGUUCUGAGAACGCUCAAUGUUUCAAUUUAAGAGGGACUUAUACAUGCAGCUGCAAGGAAGGUUUUACCGAUCUUUCUCAUAAUACAUUGUACCCUGGAAGAGUUUGCUCAGCUGAUAUGAUUGGAUGUGAACGUUGCAACUACCAUGGAAAUUGUUACUUGAGAAAUGGAGAGGAAGAAAUGUGUGAAUGCUUCCAUUGGUAUGCAGGACAAUUCUGCCAAAUCAAUCUUAAAGUCCUUCUUCUAAUUUUGGUGCUUGUUGGUGUGAGCCUUGGAGUGCUCUUGGUAGUUUGCCUUGUUCUUUCUUGUAUAAGGCAAAAGCCUCGCAGAGUAGUUCCACCGGGCUUCAGGCUGCGCCCACCGCUGCCCCCCGACAAAAGGGCUAUGAUCAGCAUCGACACUGCUAGUGAAGCAAGCAUUGAUCCUCCUCCAUUUUUAAAUCAGCCCCGAGUGGAGAGGCCAAAGCCUUGUCGAAAAACAAGCAAAGCUCCUUCACCUCCUGUCAGCUUUGGAGGUGGGACGAUGGAACAAAGAGACAGAUCUCUUACAGUUAUGAUACCUAGAGCAAAAUAUAGACCAGUCCCUAGCUCCAAUCUGCUUACGAUGUCCACCUUCGGACCCGAACAAAAACUUCUCAAGUAUCUCACUCCGGACAAACAGGGAUCAAGAAGUACAAGCAGAAAGCCAAGUAAUUCAACCAAUCAUUCUCAUGAAGCUUCAAGGGAGCAUCAGAUUCCAAAGAAACCUCAAUCUCCACAUUUAAGGAAACCAUCAACAGGAGCACUUGUAUCUGCUGGGUUUGAAGUUUCUGCGACAGUUGGAAGAACAAAAGAACUUCAAGAAUGUUUCAUAGCAGAACCGCACACUGAUCUUGGUCAGCCUGGAUUCAGCACAAUAAGAACUGCUGAUAGUUCUAUCAUAGUGGAUAAUCCACCACCUCCAACUCUUGAGGGAGAACUUCUAGACACUACAAAAAUUGACUUGCUAACUGUGUCUGAGGCCAGAUCGUAUGAUGAAACUACUAUACAUCCUGCAACUAAAACUUUAAGGAAUCCCUAUGACAAAAAUGAUGAUAGUCAUACAAUGGUUGAGAGGGAUAUCGGCUCAACAUUUGUUAUGCCACAAUCUCAACUUUUCAAGCCUGAUAGGAGCAAUGGCAGUGAUAUUUCAAACUUUGACUCGUUAUAAUAACGAAUCAGCUGUUAUGUUGCUAGGACUUGCCAGAAUAGUGUUUUUCUAUGAAUUAGUGAAGUGAAGACGAAAUAAAAAAAUUAUUUAUUAUUCUGAAAUAGAGACAUAAGUAUAAGUCUAGAAUAAUAGACCGAGUGUAUUAUUAAAAAUAGCAAACAAUUUAUUGUAUAACUUCGAAUAUAACUUGACUAAAAAUAAAAUAUUUUUAAUUUAUAACAAACCAAUUGGUAAGUUUAAUAAUGAUGAAUUAUGAUUUCCAUUAUAUAAUAUAUUGUAGUUGACAAGAAAUGUUUAUACUUACCAAACACCUCAACUUCCAUGUCUGUUUAAAAGACAUUGUAUUUUUAUGUAUAUAUUUAUAUGUAUUUAGUUGAGAAUAAUUUAUAAUUAAGAAUGUAUAUUUCCGUUAAUGGAUAAAGUAUUUAAUGAGCAUUGUAUUUAUCAUGUACUGAUUAUAAUUUGUAAGUAACACUGAUGUUCAUUACCUAUUUUAUCUGCCUAGUAUUAGGUGAUAGGGUGCUGUAGACGUUUUUUGUAAAUAUUUUAUUAUUCAUUUUUUUUUUUUUUUAAUUCUGAAGAGUAGGUUUUGAAAAGAGUACAAUGUUGUUAUUUUUUUUGAAAUGGAACUACUCUUCAAUUAGGUAAUAAGUAGUGCCAAAAGGAGUGUCAUUUUGUACAUUUUAAUUGUUAAAAACAUUAUGAUUAUUGUAAUACCUAUUGUAAAAUGUUUUAGGAUAGGUAAAUUCCCUUUGAAAGGGAUGUUUACCUGUUUUAAAACUUAAUUGUAUGAAAGUCAAAAGCUGUUACUUUUAAUAAGUUAAUGAAAUUGUAAUUAUUUUUAUACUGAAUAUAUCAAAUAUAUGUUCUAACAAACAAAA